AUUUGUACAAUUUUUGCUUUUAGAAAAUUGGUUACACUGGAAAUGAAUAAUCGAUAUCGUAACGGUAAUGCCCUAAAUUGUAUCGAAAAGGUGACUCAUAACGAAAUUGAACAAGUCUGUUUAAGUACUUAAAAAUCGAUCAAUACUCGAGAAGGAAAUAUUAUCUGUUGAGCAAGAUGGGAAGAAAAGGAAAAAAGAAGUCUCAAGAGCAACCUGAAAGCUCACAGAAACAAGAGCCAUCUGUUUCGCAGCAACAACAGCGACCACGAUCUGUACCUCAACAGCAACAGCCACCUGCUCCACAGCAGCAACAGCCAUCUGUUUGGCAGCAACAACAGCAACCACGAUCUGUACCUCAACAGCAACAGCCACCUGCUCCACAGCAGCAACAGCCAUCUGUUUGGCAGCAACAACAGCAACCACGAUCUGUACCUCAACAGCAACAGCCACCUGCUCCACAGCAGCAACAACAGCCACCACGAUCUAUAUCUCAACAGCAACAGCCACCACAAUCUAUACCUCAACAACAGCAACCACCACCUUCACAGCAACAACCGCAACCACGAUCUGGACCUAGACAGCAACGAAAGCGAUCACAAGCACCGCAGCAACAACAUCAACCACCAACUGCACUUGAACAACAGCGAUCAUCUGUUCCACAGCAACAACAGCGACCACCUGUUCCACAGCAACUCCCAGCUCCACAGGAACAACAGGGACCACCAGCUGGACAUCAACUACAACGACCACCAGCUUCGCAACAACAGCAGCGAUCACCAACUGCACAUCAACAACAGCAACCACCGGCUCCACAGGUGCAACAAAUACAACAAGUUUCAAAACAGUUGCAGGAAACUGCAGUUAGUGUAAGAACGGGCAAUGGAAAAUCUAAAAUAUCAAGUUCUUUACUUAGUUCGUAUAUAAGUCAAAUUCCACAUAGAAAAACUGGUGGAACACAGGGCAGAAAAAUUCAAGUGGAAACAAAUAUGUUUAAAAUCAUAUUUAAAUCUAAUUUUCAAACAAACGUUAUACAUUAUGAUGUUGUCAUUACACCAGACAAACCAAAGUUUUUAAUGAGAACAAUUUUUGAACAGUAUAGAAAAAAACACUUUCCUAAUAGGUAUCCAGCAUUUGAUGGAAAGAAAAAUGCAUAUAGUGCAAAUAAACUUCCUUUUGGUGAUGAAAGUAUAGAAGAUGUAAUAACAAUUGUAGAUCCUGAACGGCAACAAGAACGUACUUGGAAAGUAUACAUGAAAAAGGCUGCAACCCUCGACUUAUCAUGGUUGAAAAAUCUAAGUAAUUUUGUUGAAGACGAAAGGGAGAUGAAAUGCGUACAAGCAUUAGAUAUUAUUUUUCGUCAUGGUCCUGCGUAUCAAUUUACCCCGGUGGGCAGAUCACUUUUUAAACAGCCAGAACCAGGUAGAGUUGUAUCUUUGUCAGGUGGUUUGGAUCUGUGGGUUGGAGUAUUUCAAUCUGUAGCAAUUGGAAGAAAAGCUUAUUUAAACAUUGAUGUGGCACAUAAAGGAUUUCCUAAGGACCAGUCUGUUAUUGAUUUAAUGAAAGAAUUGUGUAAACAUCCGAGAGCUACUGCACCUCCUGAAACGCUACAAUAUCAAGAUGUCGAUAGGAAACGCGACGAUAUAAAUAAAUUUUUGAAAGGAUUAAAAGUACAGUAUGAAUUGCCUGGACAGCCAACAUCCAAAAGAACUUAUCGUGUAAAUGAACUAGUAGAAUGCCCAAGAAGGAACAAAUUUCGGUUGGAAAAUAAUACGAUGUGUACAGUAGAACAAUAUUUUUUACAAAAAAAUUAUAGAAUUCGGUUUCCCGAACUACCGUGUAUUUGGGUAGGAUCCCGAAACAGUAAUAUUCACCUACCUGUGGAGUUAUGUACAAUCGUGGCUGGACAAGUGACGCAAAAAAAAUUGAACGAAGAUCAAACUACGAAUUUGAUUCGAUAUGCUGCAACUGAUACUCGAAGACGUAAAGAAAAAAUUAUGAACGGUUUUGCUAAUUUGAAAUUGAAUGAACAACCAACUUUAAUGAACGAAUUUCAACUUUCUGUACAAGGAGAAUUUGAAAAAGUACCGGCUAGAAUUCUGCAAGCUCCUGCGUUACAAUAUAAGCAAAGAGAAGUUAACGUAGUUAAAGGAGUAUGGCGAGCGGAGAAAUUUUAUAUGCCGUGUAAUUUGCCAGAUCAUUCAUGGACCAUUUUGAAUUUGGAUUCAAGAACGAUAGAUCGAGAUUUAUAUAAUUUACAAACUAGCCUACAAGAAGGCGCUAUAUCUGUCAGUAUGACGAUUGGUAAGCCUUUAACUCCAUUUGGAAAUUUAGGGAUACAAAGAAAUAUUAACAACAUUAUGGAAUACUUUCAACAGAAAAAGAAACAAGAUUUGAAAUUAGUGGUAGUGGUAAUUCCAGCAUUAGAUCACGCAUACAGUUUGGUUAAACAAAUUUCUGAAUUGAAAGUAAGUGGUGGAAUUGUGACUCAAUGUUUAAAAAGUAGAACUUUAACAAGGCUGAGUGCUUCGACAGUUACAAAUAUUUUAUUAAAGAUAAAUUCAAAACUUAAUGGUAUUAAUCAUACACUUGCUGUUCCUUAUCGACCACCCUGCUUGAAAGUGCCAUGUAUGUUAAUUGGUGCGGACGUUACGCAUCCCUCACCCGAUGCUGUAGACAUACCUUCGAUUGCUGCUGUUGCUGCAAGUCACGAUCCAAAUGCUUUUCAAUAUAAUAUAGAAUUAAGACUUCAAUCACCGAGAGAAGAAAUGAUUCAAAAUUUGGAAGAAAUUAUACGUUUGCAAUUAAUAUAUUUUUAUAAAAAAACAGGUUACAAGCCUAGAAAAAUUAUUUUUUAUCGAGAUGGUGUAAGCGAUGGACAGCUUGCUCAAGUGAUGCAUUACGAAUUAUCUGCAAUGAGAAGAGCUAUUGCAAAGUUAGAAGGAUCUACUACACAUACAAUUCCCAUCACAUUUCUUGUAGUUCAGAAGAGGCAUCAUAUCCGUCUGUUUCCAACCGAUAACAAUUGUGAUCAGAAGAAUUUUAACGUAUUAGCAGGCACCAUCGUUGACACAGAAAUUACACAUCCUACGCACAUAGAUUUUUAUCUUGUAUCGCAUGCUAGUAUUCAGGGAACUGCUAGACCUACGAAGUACAGAUGUAUAUGCAAUGAGAAUGAAUUAUCAGAGGACGAAAUUGAACAGCUAACAUACUAUCUUUGUCAUAUGUUUGCACGAUGUACAAGAUCUGUUAGUUAUCCAGCUCCUACAUAUUAUGCUCAUUUGGCAGCAUUCAGGGCCAGAGCAUUGAUACGCAAUGUUCCUUUAAAUAUAAAUAACUUGGAAGAAGAACAACGACUUAACAUGAACUUACAGAUGAAUGCAAAUUCUCCUAUGUUUUUUGUGUAAACAUCAUAUAUAUAAUCCGUUUAUUAUUAAUUAUAUUCAACCUGUAAUCCUUAGUACAUUAAGUAUGUUAUAUUCUAAGCAUUGUGUAUGAUUUAUGAAAAUAUAAUUAUGCUUGUUCUUUUUAUCGUAA